UGACCCCCUUUGGCAGUUCCCUGAACACGAUUUCUACGGAGUGUCUGACAAGAUUUUACUGUUCAAGCAUACUCCGGGCGACACCUAUGCGCUGCAGCCCAUCACCUGCACCAGUGAUAUCCCAGAUGGCUCACUCAUCGAGGCGGUUCUAUCAGCCACUGCGACCGUGGAAGAUAGACAAAUCCGACCUCACACACUCUAUGUGCACUCCUACAAGAGUCCAACCUUCUGUGACUUUUGUGGACAGAUGCUUUUUGGCCUUGUCAGACAGGGCCUGAAGUGCCACGGUUGUGGCGGUAAUUAUCAUAAACGCUGUGCAUUUAAGAUUCCUAAUGACUGUACCCUGUCUAAGAGGCGUCCUUCUUCGGUGGCCUAUAGCUCAGCCAGUCUGCCUUGGUCGUCAUCUGAGAUGAGUCUGUCAAGUGAGAACAACGACUCCAUGACGUUGCUUCUAUCAAAGACAGACAGCUACAAGGACAAGCGGUCGCCGUCGUGUGGAGGGCGCCCUCUAUGGGUAGAGAAAGCAGUCGCCAGCCGGAUCAAGGUACCACACACUUUUGUGGUGCAUAGCUACACCAAGCCAACAAUAUGCCAGUACUGCAGGAGGCUCUUGGUUGGGUUAUUUAGGCAAGGAAUCCAAUGUAAAGACUGCAAAUUCAAUUGUCACAAACGAUGUGCAGAGAAAGUUCCCAAAGACUGCUUAGGGGAAGCCCCGCUACAUGAACGUGAGAAGGAAGACCAGGAGAAGCUGAAUGAAAGCGAUGAGAACGAACCUGAAGACAACGAUACAUCUUCAAAUCGAGACAGUCUAGGAGACAAUCCAGAUGAAGAUGUCGGAGCCGAGGCUGACAGCCCCCCUGGUCCGGAUAACCCACUCAGCCCUGUACAGAGUAAUAACAUUCCACUGAUGCGUAUCGUUCAGUCCGUCAAACACACCAAGAGGAGAAGCUCACAGGUCUUGAAGGAAGGAUGGAUGGUCCAUUGUACAGAUAAAGAUAGUAUGCGUAAGCGGCAUUUCUGGAGAAUAGACACCAAGUCUAUCACUUUGUAUCAGAGUGAUAGUAGUACCAGGUAUUAUAAGGAAAUCCCCCUUUCUGAGAUCCUUGCUGUCAAGACGGUCGCCAGUGAUGACGAGAAGUCCAUGCACUGCUUUGAGGUCCAGACAGCGCGGACCACCUACCUAGUUGGCGAGAAGAAAGAGGUCACCAUGGCGACGUUAACUGUGGAUGGGGAAGAGUCUCCGACAGAGAGUGGGAUUGGGACAGAGGUCGCCAAGAUCUGGGAGAAGAAGAUCCGGCAAGCUCUGAUGCCUGUUACUCCUCAGCAGAGUACAACGAGUGUCACCAGUAGCUCUAGCCCAAUGGAGCCAUCAUCUGAGUGCAACAACCGGUCCCCACACUGCUACACCCAUCACCCCCAUCGUUCCUCAUCUUCCUCGUCCAUUCCUCGCAACGUGCCUUACAUGUCCGGCGCCCCACACAAGAGCCAAUCCAUGGGUCACCGCUACAUGGUCAUGCAGUUGUCCCCCCCUGUCGAAUCGCCGGGGGCAGCUGGUGCGCAAAAGCCGCCCCGGGUAACCUCUGGAACAAAGCCGAUGGAGAAAUACCAACAGAAGGGGUACACGCCGAGGACGAGCCAAGGGAGCUAUACAACAGUUGGUUCAAGUGCAACGAACGAGAACGGAGAUCAUAACAUCUUGGACGAGACGGUGAAGCAAGAGAAGAAUGACAUCAGUCAAUACUACCAGAUCUUCCCAGAUGAGAUCUUGGGGUCCGGUCAGUUUGGCAUCGUCUAUGGAGGUGUCCAUCGUACCUCAGCCAGACAAGUUGCAAUCAAGGUGAUUGACAAGUUACGCUUUCCUACAAAACAAGAAACACAACUCAAGAAUGAAGUCUCCAUCCUACAUAAAGUACGGCAUCCAGGCGUAGUCAACCUGGAGAGAAUGUUUGAGACUCCAGAGCGUGUCUUUGUCGUCAUGGAGAAGCUAAAAGGAGACAUGUUAGAAAUGAUUCUAUCCAGCGUUAAUGGAAGACUAGACGAACGAGUUACAAGAUUCCUUAUCUCCCAGAUCUUGAUUGCACUGAAAUACCUUCACAUAAAAAAUGUUGUCCACUGUGACCUUAAACCAGAAAAUGUUCUUCUUUCAUCAGAGGGGGAUUUCCCACAGGUGAAACUAUGUGAUUUUGGGUUUGCUCGGAUCAUUGGUGAGAAGUCAUUCCGGCGUUCCGUUGUAGGCACGCCAGCUUACCUUGCCCCCGAAGUGCUGCGUAGUAAAGGAUACAAUCGCUCCUUGGACAUGUGGUCUGUUGGUGUUAUCAUCUAUGUCAGCCUAAGUGGGACUUUCCCCUUCAAUGAGGAUGAGGAGAUCACGGAUCAAAUCCACAAUGCAGCUUUCAUGUUUCCACCCAAUCCAUGGGAUGAAAUCUCUGACGAUGCUGUUGAUUUGAUAAAGAAUCUAUUGCAGGUGAAACUGCGGAAACGAUACACGGCAGACAAAUCACUGGCACAUCCCUGGCUACAGGACUACAAGACAUGGCUCGACCUACGGGAGCUGGAGACCCAAGUUGGAGAACGCUAUCUUACACAUGAGAGUGACGACGAUCGCUGGGAAGAAUAUCGUCGGGAUCACAGCGAGGGCGGUAACAAGACCUCGGGCCAUGGCUGCAACAAAGCCAGUAAUUCCCCGAUUCAUCUCAGCCCAGGGCGCCACAUGGAGCGUGUGAGCACGCUGUGAGGACUCAAUAAAAAAACCUUGAAUCUCUUUCCCACCUCUAUCGGAGGCCGAUGAUGCACAAACAACCUCCUCCUCCGCAGUCUACCUUCUAUCCUUUUCUCUAUCUCCCUCCAUGGUAUUUUUUUCAAAGCACCAGACUAUUUAUAUGAUGUACAUGUUUUGGGAACUCCGGUUUGUCAAUGAGGUCUUUUGUUGUUAUUUACUCGGUUGUCGCAUCACAGUACGGACAGAAGACUUCAGCAAGUUUCCCCUUUGCUUGGAAGGCAAACCUUUUGGUUAUAUCUAAGUAAUACUUCAUUAUCUUUGAGAGAUCGUAUUGCUCAGAUGAGAAGUUUCAGUGUUUCCUCUGAAUUCUGACCUUGUUAAAUGUCUUCAUGGUGAACAAAAGGUAGCAGUUAGUUUCUUUGGAUAUAAGGAAAUCCUGCUCUCUGGCACUCAGGAUACUGUUUCCUACGAGUCUAGAACUCCAGGGGUUACCAAAAGGUGGACAGCUUAUUAGUUUAACCUACCUCCUGAAAUAAUAAUUCUAGUUGCAGAUGUUUUUGUCAGCAACGUCUCUCACUUCUGGCCUAUUGUGAAUUCUUACUACUUUAUCCCUCAAGCAAGAUUGGUUUAUAUUAUUUUAAAAAAAAAACAGGAAAGUAUAUCUUGAACCCUCGAAAAAAAAGGCAGCAACAGCAUUAACUACUACAACAACAACAUCAGCAACAGCAGAAACAACACUCAAAAGGAAUUUGUCAAGUCUCAAGAUGCAUUCAAACCCUAAAAAGUUUUAAAGAAGUGUUUAUAUAGUACUUACUGAAAAAUAGAAUGCCACUGCAGGGAUCACCUAUUGAGGAUAAUAAUAACAAAUAAUAUUAGAUUUAUUUUAAGACCAUUGUUGGAAUGGUGUGAUUGGAAUUCUUUUCAACUAUACUAAACUCUUGCCAUAUCUCAUCACUUUGUGCAAUAUCAGGGUUUUUAUUUUUUGCUGUAACCCUAGCGAAGCAUUGAUCAAAUUACAGCAAAACUUGUUUUUGGUGAAAAUUCAUCAAUUUCAUAAAAUGUAACCAGAAACUUCAGAAAACAGUCAAGAUUUCGGUCCUUUACAAAAAUUUUAGAAAUCACUUUUAAAGUGAAGUUAUAAUAGGAUUUGAGGCAUUGAAAUGAAGUUGUUGCAUUUGGUAGAAAAUUGUAAAAUGGAAUUUGUUGAGGCAAAAUCAGUCCUUACCUUAUGUUUGAAUCUGCAGUAUUGUCAAACACUCAUCUCUUCAAUAGUUAGGACUUACAUACAAAAAAUAGACCACAACAAUUAUUUGAACGAACCUCAGCUUCUGAUUGUAAGCCACCUCAGCAAGUAUUUGAUUCAGAAAAUUCAAAAUUAUUUUAGCCAUUAUCAUCUUUGGGUAGGUAAUGAGUGAAAAAAACCAAUAAUCGAUUGACAAUUUUAAAAUCUUUUGAAUACAAUUGAUACCAGUUACAAAUGGGGGGCGGGGGGUCCACAGGCUACGAGAUUCGAGCCAACAGUUGCCUGUAUUCUAUAGCAGAUGUCUUUAAAGACAUUGGACACUAUUGGUAAUUGUCAAAGACCAGUCUUCUCAUCUCAACAUUUGCACAAAAUAACA